AUGAACGGCCUGUCCAUUAGAGAGCUCUGCUGCCUGUUCUGCUGCCCUCCUUGCCCCAGCCGCAUCGCAGCCAAGCUGGCCUUCCUCCCUCCAGAGCCCACCUACUCCAUGCUUCCUGACCCAGAGGCUACAGCUGUGGCAGCAGCCGGGACCACGCCUGGGGGUGCUCCCCCCUCUCUGGGGGCACCGGGCCUGCGCUCCCGGCUGGGUGGUGGUGCGGGAGACAGAGGUGGUGGUGGAGGGGGAGGAGGUGGAGGUGGAGGUGGAGAGGGCAGGUGGAAGCUCCAUCUGACAGAGAGGGCAGAGUUCCAGUACACCCAGAGAGAGCUGGACAUGACAGACGUGUUCCUGACCAGGUCCAGCCGGGGGAACAGGGUGGGCUGCAUGUACAUCCGAUGUGCUCCCAACGCCAGGUGAGAGAAGAACUAGAUUAGUAUAGAGAUGAUGGAUCCGGACAUUUCUCUUGCUCUUUUGCACAACAAGGGAGUUUGUGCAGGUUUUUCUAUUUAUUGAGAUGCAUAAAUUAUAGUGUUCUAUUUUAGUGUUCUAUUUUAUUCUAUGGUUCUAAACAUCACCCUUUCCUCCCAACCUAUUCUCUUCUUUCUUUUCUGGUAACUGUUCUACCUCUCCCAGGUUCACAGUGCUAUUCUCCCAUGGUAAUGCAGUAGACCUGGGUCAGAUGAGUAGCUUCUACAUUGGCCUGGGAACGCGUAUCAACUGCAACAUCUUCUCCUACGACUACUCUGGCUACGGUGUCAGCACUGGCAAACCCUCAGAGAAGAACCUCUACGCUGACAUAGACGCUGCCUGGCACGCCCUGCGCUCACGGUAAACAGCUGUUACACACACACACACUUUUGUAUUGCUAUCCUUGUGGGGACCAAAGAAUUGAUUCCCAUCCAAAAUCCUAUUUUCCCCAACCCUAAAUCUAACCUUAACCCUUAACCUAAACAUAACCCUAAAACUAUACCUAACACUAACUCCUAACCCUAAUUGUAACCCUAACCCUAAACCUAACCCCUAACCCUAAAAUAGCAUUUCCCUUGUGGGACCGGCAAAAUGUCCCCACUUGUCCGAAUUUUCCUUGUUUUACUAUCCUUGUGAGGACUUAUGGUACCCACGCGGAUAGGAUAGGGUAGUGCUGGGCUGAAAACUGUACACACCGUUGCCCUUCAGGAGUGAACAACAAGCACGCCUAUUCAGGAGUGAAUAACAAGUAGGCCUAUUCAGGAAUGAAUAACAAGUAGGCCUAUUCAGGAGUGAACAACAAGUAGGCCUAUUCAGGAGUGAAUAACAAGUAGGCCUAUUCAGAAGUGAACAACAAGUAGGCCUAUUCAGGAGUGAAUAACAAGUAGGCCUAUUCAGGAGUGAAUAACAAGUAGGCCUAUUCAGGAGUGAAUAACAAGUAGGCCUAUUCAGGAGUGAAUAACAAGCAGGCCUAUUCAGGAGUGAAUGACAAGCAGGCCUAUUCAGGAGUGAAUAACAAGUAGGCCUAUUCAGGAGUGAAUAACAAGUAGGCCUAUUCAGGAGUGAAUAACAAGUAGGCCUAUUCAGGAGUGAAUAACAAGCAGGCCUGUUCAGGAGUGAACAACAAGUAGGCCUGUUCAGGAGUGAACAACAAGCAGGCCUGUUCAGGAGUGAAUAACAAGCAGGCCUAUUCAGGAGUGAACAACAAGCACGCCUAUUCAGGAGUGAAUAACAAGUAGGCCUAUUCUGGUCCUCUCUGGGUGUGUAUUUGUUUACUCAGUUAUCUGUGUGUGUGUGUCCCAGGUAUGGCAUCAGCCCAGAGAACAUCAUCCUGUACGGACAGAGUAUUGGCACGGUACCGACGGUGGACCUGGCAUCCAGGUUUGAGUGUGCUGCUGUGGUGCUCCACUCCCCUCUCACCUCUGGCAUGAGGGUUGCUUUCCCCGACACCAAGAAGACCUACUGCUUCGACGCCUUCCCCAAGUGAGUCACACACACAAAGCACAUUAGAAUGCUAAAUUUAGAUCCACAACAACAGAAAUUGUCACAAAGGCCUACAUCCUUUGGCUAUAAAGAAAUAUUGUGACUCCUCAGCUAAAAGCACGUUAGAAAACAAUCGUAAACAUAUGACAUGACAUCAACGACAGGUUAUGAAGCAUAACUCAAAGCUGCUUAUAGACUCCUUAAAAACGGACUAUACAUGACUUUAAAACUUGAGUAUAGACUGCUUGCAAACUGCUUGUAACCUGUGUAUUGCAGCAUAGAGAAGGUGUCUAAGAUCCCGUCCCCGGUGCUGAUCAUCCACGGGACAGAGGACGAGGUGAUAGACUUCUCCCACGGCCUGGCUCUGUUUGAGCGCUGUCCCAAGGCCGUGGAGCCCCUGUGGGUGGAGGGGGCGGGGCACAACGACAUAGAGCUGUACACCCAGUACCUGGAGAGACUACGACGCUUCAUCAACCAAGACCUGGCCGCAGCACACACCUGAGAGAGGAGGAGGUGAGGGGGUGUGUGUGUGUGUGUGUAAGG